UUUUACAUAUGGCAAAACUGGCAAGAGGCUGUUUGAACUACAAACAUCAUUCACAUUUAACCUGCUUCAGUGAAGGGACAAGCAUAGCAGAAAUACGCACUUGGGGAAGAAGUAAGAGAAGCUCUAGUUCUCCCAACCACAGGACAGCAAGAGAGUUAACCCAUGAUGGGGCAAGCAGAACCUCAAAAUAAACUAGGAGGCCAGCAUCUGCAGCUGAUCCCUUGGGCCACUGCUGUUUUUUUCAUCUCACUUCUCAGUGCUUGUUUUAUUGCAAAUUGUUUGGUGACUCAUCACAACUUUCUACGCUGCAGUAAAGGCAUGGGAGUGUUCAAGUUACCAGAGUACCACACGAAGCUGAUAUGUACCAGAGAGAUAUCAAAAUUGAAAGGGAGCAGGGGCAGUUGCUGUCCUUUUGGCUGGAGAGCCUUCCAGUCCAACUGCUAUCUUCCUCUUAAUGACAACAAGACCUGGGCUGAGAGUGAAAGGAACUGCACGAGUAUGGGGGCUCACUUGGCCACCAUCAGCACAGAAGCUGAGCUGAACUUUAUUAUUCAAUUUUUGGAUAGACAGUUUUCAUAUUUCCUGGGACUUAUAGAUGAGAAGCAUGAAGGCCUGUGGUCGUCGGUGGACAAAACACCAUUUAAACCAGAUAUUUUAUUUCAGCAUGAGGAUGAACCCAACAAUCAGAAAGAAAAUUGUGUUGUCCUUGUUAAUGCUCAAGACAAAUGGGCCUUGAAUGAUUUUCCUUGUAACUUUGAGACAAGAAGGAUUUGUAAGUUACCUGGAACAGCAUUCAACUAAAAACUUCCAAAGGAGUCCUUGUGAUGGGGACAGAAAAGAAGAACCAAUUAGAUUCAGGCAGAAUGUACCUGUACCAUUGGAACAGAGAAAACAUGCUGGGAGAGUAGAACAUUUUCAGUUAGGGUAGCCUUAUUUAUUUUUGUUCUAGUCAUUCAAGAUAAUGUGUUUUUGUGUGGUAUGGUGGCAGGAUUCAUCUUUACUAUGAGAAUUUGUUUUCAUUAACUUUGCUUUCUUGGUACUAUAUCAGAGCAUUUACUUUUCAACUGGUGUGCAUCAAUUACAUAUUGAACAGAGUGGCUCCAAUGAUGCAAUCCCUUAGUCUUCAUUUUCCUCUACUCAGAUUCUUAACUUUUAAGAUUCAAACAUGAGAUAUUCCAACUGGUAGUGGUAUGCCUUUUUUUUUUACUCCAAAUAUGACAAACUCAUUAAUUUUUUUUUAAUAUUUACUUAUUUGAGAGAGAGAAAGAGAGGAGGAGCAGAGGGAGAGAGAGAAUCUCAAGCAGAUUCCCCACCAAGCACAAGUCCUGACAUGGGAUUGUGAGGCUCAAUCUCACAACCCCAAAGUCAUGACCUGAACUGAAAUCAAGAGUCUAAUGCUCAGCGAAAUGAGCCACUCAGGCUCCCCCUAGUCUAUGUCUUGCAGUCUGAUUAUUUUUCAUUACCUUCAUGGUGACCAGCACAGACCAUCUUUCUUACCUGGGUUAUUACAGUGGACUUCUGACUGGUCUCCCUGUUUCUACCCUCAGCCCCUGUCAAUGUUUCCAAGUCUCACAGCACUUCUCCUAUUCUUCAUAAUUUCUUUAAGACAGCUGAUAGUAAUUUCAUAAAAAUAAAUGCAAAAUUUAUUAGGACAUUGUGGUAGUCCUAGAAGUUUGAAACACUUACAAAAUUUAAAUACUGGUUUUGUCUUUGAAAAAGAAAGAUGUGUUAAAAAGGUAAACAGGAAAAAAUAUAAAUAAAAGUAUAAGUUAAAUCUUCCACCCUGAAUUCCAGUCUCUUAAAUGCCUCUUCAGAGAAACUAUGAUUAUCAGUUUCUUUCUUUUUUUUUUUAAAGAUUUUAUUUAUUUAUUCAUAAGAGACACACACAGAGAGGCAAAGGCAUAGGCAGAGGGAGAAGCAGGAUUCCCCCUGCGGGGAGCCUGAUGCAGGACUCGAUCCCAGGACCUUGGGAUCACAACCUAAGCUGAAGGCAGAUGUUCAACCACAGAGCCACCCAGACACCCCUGAUUAUCAGUUUCUUAUAUGUAUUUCCAUAUAUGUUUAAAUAUGUGUUAGAUAAAUGUAUGUAUGUAUAUAACCUACUAUUUUACACUGAUGGAAACAUUAUCUACAUCAUCUUAAACAUCUUGCCAUUAUUUUCUCCCAUAAAUCUCAGAGGUUUUUGUUUGUUUUUUCAUCAUGGUAGGUAUACUGUUUGAUCCCCAUCCCUUCUUUCCCCUUUUCCCUACCACCUCCCCUCUGGUAACCAUCAGUUUGUUCUCUAUAGUUAAGAGUCUGUUUCUUGGUUUGUUUCUCUCUCUCUUUCUUUUCCUUUGUUCAUUUGUUUUGUUUCUUAAAUUCCACAUAUGAGUGAGGUCAUAUGGUAUUUAUCUUUCUCUGACUGACUCAUUUCGCUUAGCAUAAUACUGUCUAGCUCCAUCCACUUGUGCAAAUGGCAAGAUUUCCUUUUUUUAUGGCUGAAUUAUAUUCUGUUGUAUAUAUGACACAUCUUCACUAUCCAUUUAUCACUGGAUAAUUAGACCUGGGCAGAAUGUAUCUGUACCAUUAGAACUUGGGUACUUCUGUAGUUAGGCUAUGUAGAUAAUGCUGCAAUAAACAUAGGCAUGCAUAUAUACCUUUGAAUUAGUGUUUUUGUAUUCUUUGAGUAAAUACCCAGGAGUGUGAUUACUAGAUCAUAGAGUAGUUCUAUUUUUAAUUUUUUGAGGAACAACCAUACUGUUUUCCACAGUGGCUGCACCGGUUUGUGCUCCCACCAACAGUGCAAAAGUGUUCCUUUUUCUCCACAUCCUUGCCAACACUUGUUUCUUUUGUUUUUGAGUUUAGCCUCCUGACAGGUGUGAAGUGGUAUCUCAUUGUUUUUUUGAUUUGUAUUCCCCUGAUGAUGAGCAAUUUUGAGCAUAUUUUCAUGUGUCUUUUGGCCACCUAGAUGUCUUCUUUCUUUGGGGAAAUGUCUAUUCAUGUCUUCUGCCCAUUUUUAAUUGGAUUUUUUUUUUUUUUUUGGUAAACAUCUGGCAUUUUUUACUUAAAAAUACCGUUUGGAAAAUAUUUUAUACCCUGUUCCGUAUAAGCAAAUAGUAUUUCAUUAUAUUGGUAUAUCCUAAUCUGAAAUAAUCUUUAAGUGGCAAAAAUAUUUCCAUUAUAUAAUAAAAAUCAAUAAAAUAAUGGCUGUGAAAAAAACCAUGAGAACAAUCCUAGUUCAGAUCAGAAAAAGAAGACAGUUCCAAGAGGAUUUCUUUUCCUUAUGAAAAUAUGGGACUGAUAAACUGUAUUUGAAUACAUUAAGAGGUGAUGUACAAUUCUGCAUAGUUAAGGGAUGCAUUAUUAAUCAGUACAUAGAAAACUGGAUAAAUAACAAAUACUGCCAAUAUUAGCUAUACAAAAAGCAAAAUGCUUUUUUUUUCAGCACCAAAAAUCAGUUUUUUAAUAAAGGAUGCCAAGGUCACAUUACCCUCUUGAAUACAUUAAGAGAAAAGAUUCCAUAGAGAAAAGAUUCCAUUCCAGAUCCCACCCUAAGCAAAAUGUUUUUAAGGAAGUAUAUAAUAUAAUCAUGAUACAGUACAAGAUUCAGCUGUGAAUAAUAUUUACAUAUGUAUAACAUAUCUGUAAAAAUUUUUGAUAAUGAGUAUGUAUCAUUUUUUACCAAGUGUAUUAGAAUGAUUUUUCUUUAAAAUAUUCAGAGGCCCAAAUAGUAAUAUUUAUAUCUUAACAAUAGUUUACUUUGGGAAUAUUGUCUUGGGAAUACAGAUAAUUACUCUUUUAUAUUUUGUAACUUCUGGAUUUUCUGGUAUCUAAGUAUUUGUGUAGGCCCUCUUGUAAAAUAUUAUGUUUUAAAAUAGUUUCAACCAGAUGAUCUACCCCUCAGAAUAAUAACUUUAAGCACGAAACUCUGAUUGUUUCUUUUUUUGCUGAACUUGAAGACAAAGUUAAUUGUAUAAUAAAUUAUAAAUAUAUGGUGAAAUAAUGUGCACUGAUACUUGCAUAUAUCUUUCAGUAUUGAAAUAAAAUUUAAAAUAUCAAAUUAUACCCUACAGAGAAACAAUGGUGAACAAAAGUAUUUCCAUAGGUCUUUCAGUGUGUCCUCAUUGAUGUUUAUAAUUUGAAAAAAGGGAAUUAGAAAGUAGAAGAUACAUAUACUGGAUUACUUUUAGGUUGAAUGACUUUUGGUUUAAAGGCAUUUUGGUUUCAAAACCACAAAUGGUCACUUAAUACCUUAGAGGAAUAAACAUUUGUAAGAAAAAAUAUAUUUUAUAUUAAUGUGCAUGAAUUAAUGAUGUAUGAAUUUUGAGGGUCUCUUUGUCAAGCUGUGUGCAAGAAACAUGGUUAUUAAAGGUGCUAUGUUCCUGAAAUAUUCUUGAGUAACCUUAUCAGUAUUGAAAAAAUAAUAUGCAAGAAGUGAAUAGGCUUGAGGUAGGAAAUUGUCAAGCUGAAUGUUCUCUUAGAACAAUUUGACUGUUGGACCCUGGCCCUAGCUGAGGAAUAGCCACAAAUUCAGGUGAGAUUCAGUUAUUCAGUGGAAGAGAAUAAAGAGAAAAGGGAGGUGCUGGGUUGAACAGACUGAGUAAUAGUCUGUUUGGAGCUGAAGCUUAGCAUGGCCUGCUCCUAGUGAGGCGCAGUAAAGGUCUUUAGCUAGAAGUCCACAUGUCUUUGGAGCAGGAGUAAGUUUCAUGACUUGAAGGAGUCUUACUCACUGUACAGGAAAACAUAGUUGAGGGUACAUGCUUGGGCAGGGGUAAAAAUGAAUGAAGCAAAUCCUGCCAAAAGGAGCAUUCUUUUCUUUUCCCAGUAUUUGUUAGAGAAUUGCUUGGUGAGUUUUGAGAAGUCCUGAGACUAAUAUGAAGAAAAAUGCAUGUCAAUCAGUAUCACAAAUUAUAACAUUUAAAACUACUUAUUUUAUAUCAGAAGCAACACAGUCCUUAUGAAGUCCCUAUGAAGUCCUCAUUAAGUGCAGCACAUGCAGCACAUACUUCUCU